AUGCAAUAUAGCGAUAAUGAAAAUACUAUCAAUACUAUUACCGGUUAUGCAUAUGAUUUUGGAAAUAGAUUGGAGCGAGAAACUGGCUUACAGGCACAACAGAUUGAAUUGAAUGAAUGCAUCGAAUUUGUUACACAACUUGUUGAUUUAUUUAAGCGCACCGUUAUCACUGUUGAGCUACAAAGUCAAAAUGAUUGGCACAAUGAUACCCGACAACAUCAAGAGCAACAUAACAGUGUCACUGGUGGUAAUAGGCUACUUGAUGAUAAAGUCGAAAAAAUCGUUAUUAGAAAAGGUUUAACCAAAGAACAAUGGAGUUGUCUUCUCUAUAUGUUAUUAAGUACUGACGAUAUGGUAGAAUUAGCCAAAAUUAGCAAGAAACAUUUGAAAAAGGUUCGUGACAAGGCAUUAAGACUUCUUGAAGAUGAUGAAAAGAGUGGUGUGUUUGCGUUGAUCAAUGCCAUCAAAAAACAUGUGUCCAAGAUCUAUUUUACGGGAAAAUGA